GAGAGACGGAGAGAGGGAAAGAGGGAGAGAAGGAGGGGCCCUGCCCACCAGCCAAUGCGCCGGGCGCUGCUGACCGUCGAGCCACGUGUGCCCGCCGCCCCGGGUGGGUAUGAAUGGGAAGCCGGGGCCGCGCCUAGGUACUGGCCACCAUUUCCCCCGGCGCAGAGGCAGAGAGAAGGGGGAGCAGCUGGACCAGGGGUUCCGAGUCCCUCUUCCCUCCCUCAGUCCCUCAGGAGAAUUUUCCUAUCCCUAAGGCCCCCACCUCCUUGCUCCCACCCCAUCACUCUGUCUUGCCUUCUGCCGCCAGUCUUGGCCCCUUCUGGCCCCCCUCCGUCCAACUGCGCCCAGCCGGCUGGGAGCAGGCGCCUCCCUUAGGGGCGCGCCUGGGGAGCUGCGGGGACAGCGACAGCGGGCUGGCUAGCCGCUUGCCCUCCAUCCUGUCUGCCCGGAGCUGGGCCGGGCACUGCGUGGUGCUGCUCCCGCUGCCAACUUCGAGCCCGACCGGGGCCCGAAGCCGCCGAGGCGGCUCGGUUUCUCCUCCAGCUUUCUCUCCCACUUUGAAGAGCCGCGCUCAGGGGGUUCUUCUCCUCCUAGCUGGAGAAUACUAGCCUUGCCUUGAGCCUCUAGCAGCUUGGGCGCCAGCUCCGCGCCCCUAGGGAGGGGACAGAGGACUCACAGGAGAGCCAGCCAGCGAAGCUGGCUCUGGACUACCCAGGGCUUUGCUUCAUUUCCUAAAGAACCAUCUCUUCUAGACCCUCUCUUUUCCCCAGGGGAAACCUAGUGCUAAGAAUCCCACUCACUGUCUGGGGCUUUAGAGAACAGCCCCAUCCCAGCCCCCAGCCGUGGUGGAGGAAGGGUCCUGGGGAGGCGAGGGAGAUAUACGGAAAGAACAAAGAGGUGGAAACCUUUUGAGGGGGAGAGAUUCGCAACCUGAUCCUGCAGGACCCCGGAAAGCCGUCGAAAUCUCCACUUUCUCCCACGCUACUCCUUGCUUGAGCCUCCCACCCCUCUCCCCAUUCCUUGACCCUUCAUUUCCUUUAAGCCGGUCUACUUGCGAACUCCCGGGAUAAACUAGGUGUCGGCCAGAGCGAAGAUGAACCCAGGUUCUGAACAGGGAGCCCCGGCCGCCCUGGGGGUGGUCACCGCCACCUGCGUCUCCAAGGUGGAGCUCCGACUCAGCUGCCGGCAUCUGCUGGAUCGCGACCCGCUCAACAAGUCGGACCCCAGCGUGGUGUUGCUAAUGCAGUCCCAGGGCCAAUGGGUGGAGGUGGACAGGACCGAGGUUAUCAAGAGCAGCCUACACCCGGUGUUUUCCAAGGUCUUCACUCUGGACUACUACUUUGAGGAAGUACAGAAGCUUCGCUUUGAGGCCUACGAUAUUCAUGGACACUGCAGCAUUGGCUCCCAGGAUGAUGACUUCUUGGGAGGCGUAGAGUGCACUUUGGGGCAGAUUGUGGCCCAAAAGAAGAUGACCAGAGCCCUGCUACUUAAAAAUGGCAAGCAUGCUGGCAAAUCCACCAUCACGGUGAUAGCAGAGGAGAUCUCUGGGAACAAUGGUUAUGUGGAACUCUCUUUCCGGGCCAAGAAGCUCGAUGAUAAGGAUCUCUUUAGCAAAUCGGAUCCUUUCCUGGAGAUCUACCGCAUCAAUGAUGAUCAGAGUGAACAGCUGGUAUACAGGACAGAGGUUGUGAAGAAUAAUCUGAAUCCUGUGUGGGAGACAUUCAAAGUUUCCCUGAACUCCCUUUGUAGCUGUGAGGAGAAGAGGCCUCUUAAGUGUCUGGUUUGGGACUACGAUUCUAGAGGGAAACAUGACUUCAUUGGCGAAUUCUCCACCACUUUUGAGGAAAUGCAGAAGGCACUUGAGGAGGACAAGGUUCAAUGGGACUGUGUGAACCCCAAGUACAAAACUAAGAAACGGAAUUAUAAAAACUCAGGGGUGGUCAUCCUGUCAGAUCUGAAGAUCCACAGGGUCUACUCCUUCCUGGAUUACAUUAUGGGUGGAUGCCAGAUUCACUUCACUGUAGCUAUUGACUUCACAGCUUCCAAUGGAGACCCCCGUAACAGCUGUUCUCUCCAUUAUAUCAACCCCUACCAGCCCAAUGAGUACCUGAAGGCACUCAUUGCUGUGGGAGAAAUCUGCCAGGACUAUGACAGUGACAAGAAAUUUUCUGCUUUGGGAUUUGGUGCCCGGAUUCCUCCCAAGUAUGAGGUUUCCCAUGACUUUGCCAUUAAUUUCAACCAGGAUGAUGAUGAGUGUGAAGGGAUCCAGGGAGUGGUGGAAUCGUACCAGAGCUGCCUACCCAAGAUCCAGCUCUAUGGCCCCACCAAUGUGGCACCCAUCAUUGCCAAGGUCGCCAGGAUGGCAGCAGCUGAGGAGAGAACUGGGGAGGCCUCUCAAUACUACAUUCUCCUGAUCCUGACCGAUGGUGUGGUGACUGACAUGGCAGACACAAGGGAGGCCAUUGUACGUGCCUCCUACCUGCCCAUGUCCAUCAUCAUAGUAGGGGUGGGCAAUGCGGACUUCACAGACAUGCAGAUUCUGGAUGGGGACGAUGGGGUCCUGCGUUCCCCCAAGGGAGAGCCUGUCCUCCGAGACAUCGUACAGUUUGUCCCGUUCCGAGAAUUCAAGAAUGCUUCUGCGACCGCUCUUGCCAAGUGUGUCCUAGCUGAGGUGCCCAAGCAGGUGGUUGAAUACUACAGCCACAAGGAGCUUCCUCCUCGCUGCCCCAACAUGGACUCCCCUGAUGCCAGCCCCGGCCCUCCACAGUGAAGAGGUGCCAGUCAGCCUCCAGCCAGCCACCACCCUUUACUUUUCCUUCCAAUGCUGAGUCUGGAGAAAGGGAGGAGGACAAAAUGGGGCAGGGAGGUGGGAGAGGGAGAAAGUAUUUGUUUCCAACACCUCCCAGGGCCUCUGAGAUUGGCCUCCCCUUCCCCCAGUGCUCACAUCAGACUUCCCCCCUUUCUCUUCCUCGCCCCCUACAUCUUGUGUUUCCACAGUGACUUGUUCUAAAGAGGUCUGAACUAGGGACCAUGGCCUGUGUGUGACGAAAGGAUAACAAUUAGCAGGAGAAUCCUGGCUCCUGAUCAAGCCGCAGUGAGAUCCGAUGUCCAGGAAAUAAAUGUUUGGCAUCCUUUCUCCUCUGUUCCAGAAAGGCAGAGUGUGAGAGUAGAUCCUGAGUGAGGAGGAGAGGGGGGUUUGGAACCCCAAAGAGCAGAGUGGGCCUCUCUUCCCUUCAGAAUAGGCUGAGGGAGCACCCCUUUCCUACCACCUCGACCCAGGUUCCUUUUUUGAACCCCUCCCUUUGCGGUAAUAGUGAGAGAGUGGAUGCCAAGUCCCAGUGUGAUACUCCCUCCUCACGGCUUCUGAGGAGGUCAAACUGACCUGAUUGGACUCCCUAGGCCUAGUUCACCUGACUUGCUCUUCCCGUCACUCAUCAGUGGGCUCAGGAAUGGAAAGGGAGUGGGAGAAAUUAAUUUGCAGGCCUGGUGUGGAUGAUUCUAGACCAGGACUGGGGAACCUGCAGCCUUGAGGCCGCAUGUGGGCCUCUAGGUCCUCAAGUGCGGCCCUUUGACUGCAU